AUGGCCAUGUCACUAUUCCCAUAUUUCUACUCCACCCGAAUACCUCUGCCACGGCCAGUGCAGCCGUUGCAUGUCUACCGUCACCUGCUGCGCUCUGCUACCUACUUUCCUCCCUCAAUACGACCCUUCCUCGACCAUCGCAUACGGACUGCUUUUCGAGACGAGCGAGACAGAAUGGCAGAAAGCGAGCUCAAUAUUCCCCAGUCCCUCAAUCCAGCAGAAGCUCGAGAAAGGGAGGAGGACCGGCGCAAAAAGGUCCUUGCCGACGCAAAACACAAGGUUCCUGUACUCCAGGCUGCCGUUGAAGGCGAUCAAGCCCGUCUACGACGUGUCAUGUGGCAUGCCUUUGGCCGACUUGGCAAAUCCCGCCGCGAGCUUAUGGCCUUAUUUGUCCAAAAGGCGCCGGACCCCAAGGCCGACCCUGCCAAGCUAGAAGAGCUUGCAAAGAAAAAGGCACUGCACAAAAAGACGAUGGAGAAGCGUGCCAAAAUUCACCCUUGGAAUCGCGAAUAUACCUGGGACGAGCCCACGCCCUGGCUUCGGCAACAUCUGAGUCCCAUGGAAGAAAAUUGGGACCUGCCCAAGCUGGAUCGAUACCUCAGGGCGCAAAAGAGUCACCAGCGUAAUACCACGGGCGCCGCCUUUCCCAGAGGCACAAUCGGCGAUCUUGAUCCAGAGAAAGAUGUACCCGAGAAGGACGGCUGGGGCCGUCCAGUCGCAUUGCGGAGAGUAACGAAACUCACAAGAAAGUUCUGGAAGGCCCAGGCCGACAAAAUCAUGCCUCCAGUAUCACAAGCAGAUUGGGAGUCUUUAGAGCGGCUCGCAUCCGGAGAGGCGCCUCCCGAGAUGUACAGGAUGUUGAAAAGAAGGCCUAUCGCCGGCGGCCCGGUCGAAGAGCCUCAAGAUGCCAUGAUCAGCGAGCGAUCUUCGAUACUCUCUGACAACGAUGGAGACAAAUGGGAAUCGCGGGAACCGUGGGAACCGUGGGAGUGGCAAUCUUCCGCCCAUAUCCCUGUUCGCGAAAGCGAACGACCAACUCAGCGAAAGCUCGAAUUGCUCACUGGCAAGAAGGAUCUCGGGCCAUUUUCGCAAGCCCGUCGCCUCCUUCUCGAACAGGAUGAUAAGAGAGAUCGGCUUGGAAUUAAAAAUGCCAAACGCUGCGCCUUCUCCAAGCGCGCCGUGCGGCGCGAAUAUCUCAAGAUGUGGCAGGCAAGCUCGUACAUGAAGGGGGUCGAAAGCAAAGCGGCAAGGCCUGUAUGGGGUCGUGUGGAACUAAAACUGCCUGUGGUCACUGCGACGCAUCAUCAUUUCUUCGAAGGCGUCGAUGCUCAAGGCCGCGUACCGAAACCAGAGCGACACGAGUCUCCAAAGACGAGCAGCACUAUGCCUGAGGAUGAGAAAGCCCAGUCUAGAAGUGCAAAGAAAGACUAG